AUGGAUCAACUUUCCGCUCUUGGCCGAUCAAUUUGGGAGGUCAUCCCCAAGACUCUCGAAAUCUAUGGAUCUCUUCUUAGCCAGCACUCAAAAGACGCGAUUUUGGCGACCGAAUAUGAAGUUGCAAGUUACGGUCCCGACUCUCGUCAAAAAUUAGACAUCUAUACAUCGAAGUCUAGUACAUCACCCAUUCUGAUCUUCCUAUAUGGUGGAGCCUGGGUCGAAGGUGACCGAGUCAUAAAGGAUAUACCGAAUGGACUCGUGUAUAGAAAUCUAGGGUACUACUUUGCUGCAAAGCACGGAAUUGAAACCAUUAUACCUGAUUAUCGAUUGGUCAAGCAUGGUGGGAAGCAUCCUUCUGGUACUGAAGACCUUGCUCUGGUCCUAGCAUACACCAGAGCAAGAUAUGGUGACAGAAGGUCUUUGUUUGUUAUGGGAAAUUCUGCAGGAGGAGUAAAUGCCGUGUCAUGGCUCGUUGAGGAUGCAUUCAAGGACAGUCGUAAGACAAGCAAAGUCACUGGUCUCAUCAGUCUCGGAUCCUUGCUGGACUUUGAAGGGCUGCCUGCACCAAUGCCAGCUGUACUUAAAGGCUACUUCGAUGAAGACUUUGUCCAGAAGUCUCCUCUGGCACAAUUACGCCAGUCAGCACGGGCAGGCACACUAAAAGAGAAAAUGCCAACACUAUUACUUCUCUGGAGUGAGCUGGAUCCAGAUUUCAUCAUAAAAUCGAACAGUGAUUUUAAGACUGAGUUGGAGAAGAAUAGCCUCAAAGCUACCGCCCUAGAAAUCAGAGGCCACAAUCAUAUCAGUCCACCGUUGGCUCUUAUGACAGGAUCGCAAGCCGAAGAGGAGUGGGGCGCAUCAACUGCUGAAUGGAUCAAGAAGCAAAGUGAUUAA